AGCCCUGGAGGAUGAGCGUCAUGGCUGCUUCUGGCCCUCUCCCUGUGACCUCGGACCUGCCCACGCUGCGUGCCAAGUUGCAGGGACUGUUGCGGUUCCUGAGGGACGCCUUGUCCAUUUCCAAUGCACAUACGGUAAACUUCUACACGGAGUCCGUGUGGGAGGAGCUGGUCGACUUGCCCCCGGAGACGGUGCUGACAGCGCUGAGGAGGUCGGUGGCGGAGGUGGAGGCCUGGCCCUCCGAGUCGCGCCCCCUAGUGGAAGCAGAGAGGGGAUCAGGUAUAACUGAUUUUCCCAAAAUAUUUUGUGAAACUUCUCAGAAGCUGGUGAAUGUGGAAGCAUUUGCUCUGGCUGCAAAAUAUUAUUCCAUACAAAACUUGGGAGUAUGUACUCCUUUUGAACAGCUGCUUGCAGCCCUUCAAGGAAAUGAAAAACAGAGAACUGGUGAAACUGUGAAGCCAGUUGAGUUUAUGAAUGUGAAAAAAUCUCAUGAAGUUCAGGCAAUGUCAGAGCUGAUCGGCAGUAUUGCUGCUUACUAUGGAAUAAAGCAAGUGAUUGACUUGGGUUCUGGUAAAGGCUACCUAAGUUCCUUUUUGUCUUUGAAGUAUGGCUUAAAAGUUUAUGGAAUUGAUUCCUCAAAUACCAAUACUCAUGGAGCUAAGGAGAGAAACAGGAAAUUGAAGAAACAUUGGAAACUCUGUCAUGCUCAGACAAGAUCAGAUGUCAGUGGACUGACAUUAAAAAUGACAAAAGAAAGGAAAGUGCAAAAUGAAAUUAAAUAUAAAGCAGAGAUCGAGGAAGAAUGUAACAACAGUCUUGCAAAGCAAGAAAAUAUGUCUACCUCAGAGUUUUUGCCAGAUUUUUCAGGCUCCGUAAUUUCUACCAACAGAAAACAAAUGGAAAACCUUCAUUCUCAAGCACAUCAAGAAGAAAAUUUGUGUUUUGAAAAGACCUUUUCUCUUAUAGACCUUUUGUCUAUUAAUGCUAUAGAGUCUACUUCUUCAUUGCAAAUACCCGACAGAGAGAUGUCUGAAACCAAGAAAGAGAGAAGAAAAAUGACAUCAAAGUCAAGUGAAUCAAAUAUAUAUUCACCUUUAACCUCUUUUAUCACUGCUGAUUCAGAACUACAUGACAUUAUUAAAGAUCUAGAGCUAUUAAAAUAUGACGAGAGCACAUUCCAGAAUAGAAUACUCUCUAUUCAUUUCAAGCCUCUUAAAUCAAACAAAAGUACUGGCAGAAAAGCUAAAUGUACUCAAGAAAAAUGGGGAUUUCCAAUGUGCCACUAUUUAAAGGAAGAGAGAUGGUGUUGUGGUCGUAAUGCCAGAAUGUCAGCAUGUUUGGCAUUGGAGCGGGUUGCAGUUGGCCAAGGGCUGUCUACUGAGUCACUCUUCUAUCGUGCCGUUCUUCAGGAUAUUAUUAAAGAUUGUUAUGGCAUCACCAAAUGUGAUCAGCAUGUUGGUAAAAUUUAUUCCAAAUGUUCUUCCUUUGUGGAUUAUGUCACAAAGUCUCUAAAGAAGCUUGGAUUAGAUGAGUCCAAGCUGCCAGAAAAAAUUAUAAUGAACUACUAUGAGAAGUAUAAACCUCGAAUGAAUGAGCUGGAAGCUUUUAAUAUGUUGAAAGUUGUUCUGGCUCCUUGUAUAGAAACAUUGAUUCUUCUGGAUCGACUUUGCUACCUAAAAGAGCAGGAAGAUAUUGCAUGGUCUGCACUUGUGAAGUUGUUUGAUCCUGUGAAAUCUCCCAGAUGUUAUGCUGUUAUUGCUCUGAAGAAGCAGCAAUGAUUUCAUUGGAAACUAAUUAUUAGACAUACCUGUGUGUGGGGCCUGUUGCUAAGAUUGCUUUUCUAAACAUUUAUGUCCU